UUGUCUUUCUUCGUCACAUUUAUUACUUGCAAAAGAACUUAAUUAUACAAAUAACAAUUGCUGUUCGAUCAUUUAAUCGAUGUGGCACUUUUCAUGAGUACUCAUUUUCUCUUACUUUUGUCGCUAUCAGAAUUCAACCCCCGGAAAGCACAUCAAGAAGUGCAUAUUGCUCUUGUUUCGCAAUCGCGUGAAAAUCAAAUUAUAAAAUCAAAACGUAAAUUCUGGUUAUUAUUCUACGUUCAAUGUAGAAAUUUUAAUUAAAAUUUGAUCGUAUAAAGAUUAAACUUAUGUAUCAGCUUUCCUUUUCUUUUUCAUUAUUUCUGUUUUAUUUUACGCCUAUAUGCUUGCGUCGAUUUCAAUAUUGUUUCUUGAAGUCAAAACUCUAUAAUUGAGUCUCCAGAUCUCGCUCUCUAAAGCUCACAGCAUUUACCUAGUCAGAUGAGGUCCCGUUAUCGGGGUAGAAGUAUCUAACCAAAUCCUCACAAGUAAAUAUUUAUGUAGCAAUAAUUUCUAUCACCCUUAAAGCCGCUAGCUCACAAAAAUUCAAGAUUCUUUUAUCCACCUGCAAAUAAAAGGAAUGACAUUCUGAAUCAAUUUAUCCUUUUUUAGCGCAUCAUACGGGGAUAUUGUUUCCUUCUCCCUGGAACUCAUUAUUAGAUAAAAUACUCUGCUUUAACGAUAAUAAUAAGAAAAAUUAUUAUAUAAACUUGCACAUUUCUAUAUUCAUUGUUCCUGUUUUUGUUCACGCGCUCUGCUUAUACUCACAUACAUACAAAUUUAUCUUUAUAAAAGCGUAUACGUAGCUAUUCAAGGCAAGACGUUAAUAUAAUAAUAAUGUAUUUUUUACAAUUAAAAUCGAAUGUUUUUUCGCAUCGGUUAUUCAACUUUAUUUAAAUAUAUUUAUAUUCUCUCCCUUUCUCAUUUGUUUAAACGGAAAUACUUUGAAUUACAAAGUAAUAAAGUUUACAAAAGGGCACAUGACGAUGAUGAACAUUAUAAAAUCUUACUAGCUUAAUACUCAUGUCUGAUAAUAUAAUUUAUGUAAAUAAAUAUUAAUCAUGAUAUAUAAGUUACAGUAGCUUAAAGUCUCGUCAGAGUCAUUCUUUAUUUGUAACUCGAACGAUAUCAGUAAUUGCGAAUAUCAAAAUAAAUUCGACAGUACAUUCGACAGAAAAACAGACAAAGAUAAAUAUACAUAAAAUACACAUAGCAUUUUUUUGGAUUAUCCAAGAAAAUAAUUAAAACUAUGGAAGAAACAUAUGGAUCAUGGAAUGGUAUUAAUUCCGGUGAGGAGAUUGUUAUUUCUGGUAUUGCUGGCAGAUUUCCAGAUUCAGACAAUAUGUAUCAGUUACGAGAUAAUCUUUUUAAUAAAGUUGAUCUUGUCAGAGCAGAUCAUGAUCGGUGGAAUAUGCAUCAUCCGGAUUUUUCAAACCGUAAAGGAACAAUUAGCAAUAUCGAAAAAUUUGAUGCAGAUUUCUUUGGAAUAUCUGUCCAGCAAGCACACGUACUCUCGCCUGACGUAAGAAUGUUAUUAGAACAUUCUUACGAAGCUAUUAUCGAUGCAGGAGUUAAUCCAAAACAACUACGAGGAACAAAUACUGCCGUAAUCAUGGGGCUAGCUUAUAUUGAAUCACAAGUGAAUUUAUUGUUUACUGAUGUUCAGUCAGGUGGUCAGAAUAUUAUUGGAUGUUUCAAAGCUACAACCGCAAACAUGAUUUCACACAUUUUGGAUCUGAAAGGAAUAUCAACUACUAUCGAUUCAGCGUGCAGUUCAAGCUGUUCGGCCAUGGCCGUUGGUUACAAUUAUAUCAUGUCUGGCAAAUGUGAAAAUGCGAUAAUUGGAACUACAAAUAUAUGUUUACAUCCCCUGAUGACCUUACAUUUCGCACGUCUAGGUGUUUUGUCACGUAGUGGUUACUGCAGACCAUUUGACAUCUCUGCAAACGGUUAUUCACGUAGCGACACGGUGGCAGUGAUAUAUCUACAAAAAGCAAAGAAUGCAAAAAGAAUUUAUGCUAUAUGUCCUUAUAUUAAAUUAAAUAGUGAUGGUUACAAAGAGGAAGGAAUAACUCACCCAUCGGCACGCAUGCAAACCACUCUACUAAAAGAAUUUUAUGAUGAAUGCGGAAUACCGUCAACUUGCUUGGAUUACAUUGAGGCACAUGGUACCAGUACGAAAGUUGGUGAUCCUAUGGAAAUCAAUGCACUCUACACUGUUUUCGGUCCCAGUAAAGAAACUCCAUUAAUGAUCGGUUCCGUAAAAUCUAAUAUGGGUCAUUCUGAACCCGCAAGCGGUUUUAGUCAAAUUGCUAAGAUAAUAAUAGCAUUCGAAGCCGGUUUUGUUCCACCAAAUAUCAAUUACACGUCACCACGGCAUGAUAUAGAGCCCUUAUUAAAUGGAACUGUAUGUGUCGUCCAAGAACCAAUGCCAAUUAAGAACGGUUACAUUGGUUUGAAUUCUUUCGGUUUCGGAGGAGCCAACGCUCAUGUGUUAUUAAAAUGGAACGACAAGCAGAAGAUUAAGAAUCGAGCAACGAACGAUGAUCUGCCUAAACUUGUAAUAUUAUCUGGACGCACUGAAGAAUCAGUAAAAUUAUUUUUAAACGACAUUGCUAAUCAAUCGAUAGAUAUAGAAUAUAUCCGUUUAUUGCACGACGUCUAUGCUGACAAUAUAGAUGGUCAUCCAUGGAGAGGAUUCAUUAUACUGAAUAAUUUGAAACAAGAACCAAUAUAUGAAAUUCAAAGUUGUGUCAAUAUGAAAAGACCAGUUUGCUUUAUAUUUUCUGCUUUAGGCUCACAAUGGCCAGGAAUGGGUCAGAAUUUAUUAAAAUUUCACGUCUUUGCAAACACAAUAAGAAGAUGUGAUGAGUUUUUAAAACCAUAUAGUAUAAGUGUCAUGGACAUUUUGACAGAUACAACUCAAAACGUGUACGAAAACGCAUUAUACGCGUUUGUUGGCAUCGUCGCUAUUCAGAUUGGCUUAGUGGACCUUCUAACAUCCUUAGGAAUUACUUCGGAUUACAUGAUAAGUCAUUCUGCUGGUGAACUCGGUUGUGCGUACGCGGAUGAAUGCCUCACCAUUGAACAAACUAUUUUAUCGGCUUACUUUAUCGGUGUUGCAUGUGUCGAAGGAAAAAUAAUUCCCAGCUCUAUGGCACUUGUCAGCAUAAAUUAUAAAAGUCUAAAAGAUAUGUGUCCAACAGAUAUUGAGAUAAUAUGUCGCAAUAGUAAGAAUAGUAGCAUUGUGUGUGGACCCACAAAAGCCGUACAAAAAUUUGUGAAAAAAUUGCAGCUCAAUAAUAUUUACGUGAAAGAAAUCUCCUGCAACAUACCGUAUCACAGUUCUUAUCUUGCAUCCGUGAAAACUCAGCUUUUGUGUAAUUUAAACAAAGUGAUACCAUGGCCGAAGAAACGGAGUCCAAAAUGGAUCAGCUCCUCUGUACCCUGUGCCGAGUGGUUUACCUCAGCAUCCAACUUAUCAUCGGCAGAUUAUCAUACGCGCAGCAUAAUAAACACUGUUCUCUUUGAACAAACGACGCAUCUAAUUCCAAGUAACGCUGUAAUUAUUGAAAUAGCACCAGAAGGCGUUCUCCAGAGUGUUUUAAAGGAAUCCUUACAUCCAAAAGUGAUGAACAUUGUAUUAAAUCAACGUACUGACGUUGAUGUAUUUCUGCAAGAAAUUGGAAAGCUCUAUAAUUGUGGUUUACAGCCGCAAAUCGCCAAUUUAUACCCUCCAGUCGAAUUUCCAGUUAGUCGAGGAACUCCUAUGAUCGCUCCGUCAAUCAGAUGGGAUCAUUCCAAAGAUUGGUUUAUAUUUAAACAUCAAGAACAAAAAUACAAUAAAUUUCGAGAAAGGCACGUUGAAAUCUUACUUCAGAGUGAGGACGAUGAAUUUAUGGGCGGACAUGUUAUAGAUGGAAGGAAUUUAGUACCAGCGACCGGUUAUCUUGCAUUCGUUUGGGAAACUUUUGGCAUGAUGAAAGGAAAAAUAUACACAUCAAUUCCAAUAACAUUCCAGGAUGUACGCUUCAUUCGUGCUACCCAUUUGUCAAAAAAUGAAGCUACAAACUUAAUGAUUGCAAUCCUGAAAGAUGGGAGAUUUGAAAUAACCGAAGGAGAGAGCGUUGUAGUAACUGGUAAAGUAUACGAGUCAUUGAAUCCAGAACAAGAAAUAACUUCUACAGAUAUAUUGUCGGAAAACAACGAAGAAGAACAUAUGACUACCAAAGAUAUUUACAAAGAAUUGAAAUUGCGCGGCUACCAGUAUAGCGGCUUGUUUCGUGGAUUACACAGCGCAUCUAUUUCAGGCAAGAAAGGACACGUCGCUUGGAAAAACAAUUGGGUAACAUUUAUGGAUACCAUGCUACAAAUGCACAUAAUCGGACAUGACACUAGAGAUUUGUAUGUUCCUACGAGUAUUGAAAAAUUGGCGAUUAAUCCUGCGCUUCAUGCUUGGACGGUACAACAAAUUGAAAACCAGGACCCUACGACAAAUACAGAUAAACACGUCUUAUUACCGAUACGAGUAUAUAAAGAGAUCGACACGAUUAUAGCUGGCGGAAUAGAAGUUCGAGGUCUCAAAGCCACUCAAAUCGUUCGCCGGAAAUUGGCUCAAGAUGCUGUUAUCGAGGAAAACAUAUUUGUACCCCAUCAUGAUCGCGCAAAGAUUUCUCUAAGCCAAGCGAUACGAAUAUCCGCGCAACUCGCCUUGGAAGAUCAUCAGGUCACUAAAGUGAAGGCCAUUGAGCUAGUGGAAGAUGACGAUAAUGUCCGUAAUGAUCUGAGCACAUUUUGUUGGGUGGAAAGCGACUUAUCUAUUAAACCUGAUCGUAAAGAUUUGGUAGAUGUUGUCUACUCGUCUCUCAAUUUUAAAGAUGUAAUGGUUGCAACUGGUAGAGUAGUAUUUAAUCGAAUUUUGAGAGGACGGUUAUAUCAAUAUAUUCCUUUGGGAAUGGAAUACGUUGGAUUCGACGUCAACGGGCAACGUGUAAUGGGACUUAACGAUACUGACUGUAUAGCAAAUGUCGUUAAACGUGGCAUUAUAUAUUGGAAUAUUCCGGACGCAUGGACAUUUGAGGAAGCUGCGACGGUUCCAUGCGUUUAUAGCACAAUUUACAUCGCUUUUUACGUUUUUGGAAAAUUAAAAAAAGGUGACAAAGUACUUAUACACUCUGGUACUGGCGGCAUUGGACAGGCAGCUAUUAACGUGGCUCUCAAAGAAGGAUGCGAAGUGUUUACUACCGUGGGCACAAACGAGAAGAGAGAUUUCAUUAAAAAAUUAUUUCCUACAAUUUUAGAUGAACAUAUUGGAAAUUCUCGGGAUACCAGUUUCGAACAAAUGAUAAUGCACCAAACAAACGGCUGCGGCGUCGAUAUCGUGUUGAAUUCAUUGGCAGAAGAAAAAUUAAUAGCAUCUGUUAACUGUUUAGCCCCAAACGGCCGUUUUCUAGAGAUCGGCAAAUUUGAUAUUAUUUCUAACAAUCCUCUAAAUGUGUCCGCGUUUCAAAAAGGAAUUAGUUUUUAUGGGAUUUUAAUCGAUGAAAUGAUAUAUGGAACUCAUAAGAAUAACCACAUUUUGCACAAAAUGAUAACCGAUGGUCUAAAUAACGGAGUCAUCAAGCCAAUUCAAGCAAAAGUUUUUCCGAAAACAGAUAUUGAACAAGCUUUUAGAUACAUGGCAAGUGGAAAACACAUGGGAAAGAUUACUCUAAAUAUACAGAAGAAAGAUAAACUUUCAGACGAGUCUGUUAUCGCGUAUCGUCGCUAUUACUGCUACGCGAACAAAAGUUACGUUAUACUAGGAGGUCUGGGUGGAUUUGGUUUGGAGUUAACCGAUUGGUUGAUAUUUCGGGGUGCCAGAAACAUCGUGCUGGUUUCACGAACUGGAAUAAAAAACGGUUACCAACGCAUGAAGAUUCGACUGUGGGAAUCGUAUGGUGUAAAUGUGCUAAUCAUCAAGAAUAUCGAUGUCGCUGAUCCGAAGGACUGUGAGUACCUCUUGCGAACUGCGGAAAAAAGAGCACCCGUGGAUGCAAUAUUCAAUCUCGCUGUGGUGCUGAGGGAUAACGUUCUGAAAAAUCAAACCGCGACAGCAUUUGCAGAGUCCUUUCAGUCAAAGGCUCGGGCAACGCAAGCCUUGGACAAAUAUUCCAGAAAAAUCUGCUCUAAGCUGCGACACUUUGUAGUGUUCUCUUCCGUUUCUUGCGGCAGAGGUAAUCCUGGGCAGACUAAUUACGGCAUGGCCAACUCCGUUAUGGAAAGAGUGUGCGAAAAGAGAGCGGAGGAAGGAUUACCCGCAUUGGCAAUACAGUGGGGAGCUGUGGGUGACGUAGGCCUCGUCGCUGACAUGCAGGAGGAUGAUAAAGAACUGAUUAUCAGCGGUACUUUGCAACAAAAAAUAACCUGCUGCCUUGACGAGCUCGAUAAGUUAUUACUUCAAAGUCGACCGGUGGUGAGUAGUAUGGUGGUAGCUGAAAAAAAGACGGGAGCCUUCGGACUUGGAAGUCUGAUAGAAACUGUUGCCAGUAUCUUAGAUAUAAAAGACAUAAAAGUUAUAAGUCACAAUAUGUCUCUGGCCGAACUUGGAAUAGACUCCAUGAUGGGCACUGAAAUCAAACAAACUUUAGAACGAGAAUUCGACAUCUUUUUAACUGCACAAGAAAUACGAAAUCUUACUUUUGCAAAACUCAUUAAAAUGUCCAACGCCAGCGAUUAUGAUAUGCAAAAUAAAACGAAAAUCAAUACAGAGAUAGUAGAAGCCAUAAAAUUUCUAGUUGGCAUUGUAAAAGACGCCGAUUUUAUUUCAGAAACUAGUAUUGAACUUUCAAUUGGUAAACAGGAAACUACGACUGAAGUUUUUCUUAUACCAGGUAUAGACGGGUGUGCAACUGUAUUUAAUCAUUUAGCGCCAAAUAUGAAAUUUUCAACAACGUCCCUGCAAUAUAACACAAACAACAUUGAUGCAAACAUUAUAGCGAAGAAGACUGAUCAUCUCGCAAACCACAUUUUAUCAUCAAAGUUGAAAGGUACAAAAGACUUUGUAAUAGUAGGGUACUCCUUUGGAUCUAUUAUCGCAACCGAGUUGACAAGAAGGUUAGAAGCCAUGAACUUUAAAGGCCGUCUGCUUCUUAUCGACGGCGCUCCUGAACAAAUGCAGAUGAUGUACAAUAAUUAUGCGUCAGAUAUGACAGAAAUAGACCUUCAAAAUCGUGUUCUAACUAAUAUUAUGGAUAUUUAUUCGCCAGGAUCUAGUAAAAAGAUUCUAAUGGAACUAAAAAAAUGUAAUACCUGGGAAGAGAGAUACAACAUUUUCUCAAAACAGUUCUUAGCUAUGAAUAAGUUACUCUCACCAACAAAUUUGAAAACGCUGUGUACCACAGUUUAUACACAUUUAUCCAAUGUUCCGAACUAUGACCUUUCUACAUUGUCGCCUAUCAAAUCUCCAAUAACCUUGUUAAAAUGUACAAAUUCUUUCCAUAUUCCCGAGAUUGAAGAAGAUUUUGGUUUGCAGAAGGUAACUCAAAGUGUGGUGAAGGUGCAUUACGUUGAAGGUACUCAUGUGACGAUCUUAAAAAAUGAAAAAGUGUCAGCUGCAAUUAACGGAGAACCACCAUUUACAUUUUGAUUUAAAAAAAACAACAAAUUAUUAUUAAAAUUAUAUGCACUGACGAAUUCUAGGGGAGAAGGUUUGAUUAAAACACCGUCUUUUAUGUUAGAAAAUUAGUUUUACUGAAUCUGUUUAAAAAAUUUAAGUAAAACGAUGCAGGCCGAUUAACGCGGUCAAAUCGUUAUGCAUAAGAUUCACUGUGUUCAAAUUGUUCGAUGUC